AUGGUUCAAUAUGUACAAGAAAUGAGUAAAAAAGUAACUCCAGUUAAUCGAUUAUUUCAUGCCCGACGAGACUUACGAAUGAUUCGACGUAUAGUUUCACUUGUAUUCAUUUUAAUAGCACUUGGUUUUCCUUAUCAAACAUUCAUAAUUAUGUCAUUUUUCAAUAGUGCACCAAAAUAUCAUUUUCGUAUAGCUUUUAUGUUUAUUGAUGUAUCAUUGGUAUUUGUAUUGAUUGCUCUUUUAGAAAUUACAGAACCACUGAAAACUUCUUUAAUGAAAAAAAUUAAUGGUCGACCAAUCAACGUUAUACGAACAGUGACGUGA